AUGUCCGGCGAUGCCGAGCGUUACGAUGAGAUGGUCGGCUACAUGAAGGAGGUUGCCAAGCUUGGCGGUGAGCUCACUGUUGACGAGCGCAACCUUCUCAGCGUCGCCUACAAGAACGUCGUCGGCACCCGCGGUGCCUCGUGGCGGCAUCAUCUCUUCCAUCGAGCAGAAGGAGGAGUCAAAGGGCUCUGA